UGUUUGCUCUUUAACGCUCCCAAAAAUUAAUCAGAAUUUACACUACCUUAUACACCAUUCACUCACUUUUUUGUUUUUGUUUUUGUUUGCCUAACCAGCAUAUAUCCAACAUAAGUCUAAAGGAUGAUGUAUCACAACAUCCAGCCGGUUUAUGUGAAACCCCCACCAUUCCAAACAAUGUCAAAAUACCCUUUUUUACAAUGGCGCAAAACCCUAAUAAUGUCCACCAAAAUAUGACACCUCAUCAUCUCCUUCAAGAAAACAAACAAUCUUUCCGCCAUCCACCACCACGUCCACCACCACCACCUACCACCCCAAGAAACCCUAAAAAUUUAAUCCCAAUUAACUCCACUAAUUCAAAUUCAAACUCAUCAUCAUCGUUAUUCGAUCAAUUAAGCAAAAGGGUCACUAGGGAUUUGCCUAAUUUCUCAGAUUGUCAUGGCUGUGAUGUCCGAAUCAACCAUACUGAUCCUAAUGACCGUCUUCAAACCCUAGACAGCGUUUGGCGGAUUGUUCUUCUUUGCAAGAAGUGCAUCAGGCGUGUGAGUACUGGCCAAGCAUGCCCUUAUUGUUUCAAGAACACGGAUGAUGAUGAAUGUUUCAAGUGUUGUAGCUGUAAAAGAAGUCUUCAUAAGGAGUGUGUUAUUAGGUAUGGAAAUUCUGAGCCUUGGUCUUUUUGUUAUAGUGAAGAAGGGGUAAAGUUGGGAUCUUUUGUUUGUAUAGAUUGUUGGGUUCCAAGAUUCUUUAGGAAAUCAAUUGGCGUUUGUAAAAAGAGACUAAAUUUUACUACUGAUGUUAAAUCAUUUGGAAGAAUUGGAAAAGAUGCUAACUUUGAAGGCAAAAGGACGGUUGUGCUAGCGUUGAGAGCAAGGGAUACGACUUUGCGAAUUCCUUUGCGAAAGCCUGUCGUCGCUAAGAAUGAAUCGGAAUUAGUAAACAAGAAAGAUAAGAAUAAGGGGUUGUUGAAAAGCAGUAGUAUAAGUAGAGAUGAUGAUACUAAUUUGAUUGAAGCUGUAAAUGAUGCAGAAUUCGCGUUUCAAUUGCAUCGUGCCAUGAAUAACUCGCGGCGAAUUUCAAAAACCAUAUGCCCUGUGAACUCGAGCAGCUAUGUGGGUGAUCCUGAAAAUUUGGAAUCGAGUAAUGUAUCAUGUAAAUUGUUAGAUUUAGGCCAGACUGUUUCUAAUUAUCCAGGUGAUACAGGGCUUAAGGUGUACUCUCGCAAUAGGGAUAAGGGAAAAGUUGUACGGACUAGUUCUGAGGCACCGCCUUCUGUUAUAGUGUACUCUCGCACUAGGUUGAAAGAAAAAGUUGGCCAGACUAGUUCAGAGACCCCGCCUUGUGUUGCAGUUUACUCUCGCACAAAGUUGAAGGAAAAAGUUGACAAGGCUAGUUCAGAUACAUCGCCAUGUGUUAUGGUGUACUCUCGUAGGUUGAAGGAACAAGUCUGCCAGACUUGUUCAGAGGCUCCACCUUGUGUUACAAUGAAUGAGCAUGGGUCUUGUGUUGAUUCUGCUUGUUCAAAAGCUGAGUUACUUACAUACAAGCGGAGCAGACUAAAGAGGAAAAUGUACGAAGAAAGGGUUGGUUUAUCUGACCUUAUGACAGAGGAGCUCAAUCUUGGUGAUGAUGACUGUAGAGAUUUUUCUGGGCUUCAAGCUUCUCAGCGAGAAGGUUCACAGCAUAACUUGGGCCCCUUGAGUUCUGGCGGAGAUAAUACUGUUCAGGGUGAGUUUUGCGCAAAUAAUACUGUGCAGGCUGAAAGCUGCAAUACGCAGCAGGACCGCUUUUUGUUGAAGUAUAGCAGAAGGAAAAAAUGCUCUGAGCCAGGGUCAGAUGUGCAUGAGAAUACUUUUCCUCAACCAACACCUGAUCCCAACAUACCUACAAAUUGGUCGGUGGAAUCCAGGGCAUCAUCAAAUGUCUGACAUUCGGGCUAAUGCUUUUUUGUGUAAGCGGUGCUUCGCAAGAAGUCUGAACUAUAGAGGAAUCUACACCCGCCAAUAAAUACCGGAUAUCAGAUACUGUACUAUAUUGAAGAUUGAAGAGGGAGGUUUUUUCAGGAAGAGUACAUAAUUCAGUGAUUAUAUUUCGCGCGAGUCUGGGAUUUUUCUGGUUCCGAGCACAACCGUUUUGACUUCAAAAUUCAAUCACUAUUACCUUAGGAUGGAUUCGAAGCUCUCAGUGAUUUUCUUUCCCAUGACUUAUACAGGAGUUCGAAUCCUUGUUACUUUUUAGGUUGUCUUUUAUCUCAUACUUAAAAGGGUAAGACUUUAGAUCCUCCUUCUGUGUUUAUAUUAUUAGCCUUACCAUUGAUAUAA